UCAGCUCUUCUUGGCUGCAGUUUUCUUUUAAAUGGAAACCGACUCGAGGGGACGACUAAGGACUGUGUGCAGCAGUUUCCCACCAUCAUCACUAAAAUGCUCAAAUAUGGUGUCAAUCUUCUACAAGUCAUAGGAAAAUUUGAUGGAAAUUAUAUUGCUGUAAUCGGAACAAUGAGCUCACUACCAUCUCUAGCGUCAAAAGAUUGCAGUAGAGCUCCUAUAGCUCAUUCAGAUCUGGAAAUUGUUGAGACCUCAUCAAGAGUCUCGCUUAAUUGGCCCAUCAGAAAUUCUUGCCAGGUCUCGAAUCAAGCAGGUGACAAGUUGGUUGAUAUAAUCGCAGCAGCAAAUGGAUCCCGGAAACCAAUAUUAUGGGACGAUGGUAACCCAAGUCAAAUAUAUAGCAAGAGUCAAUCCAAUAAGCAGCUAGCGCAUGAAAAUAAAUACAGCGUAGAUCCUCCAACUCUGGAUGAAAUUCAAAUGCAAAAGAAACCUAGAAUCGUUGUGCAUGCUUCUAUUCAAGUUACACCAGUGAAAAUAAAUGCCCCGGCAAGCUGUAGUCAACAACCUCAAAGAGCCUUCCUGGUGCCAUCUCAUCUAGCAACAUGUGGAGAAAGGUCAAAAAAUGUGCUCAGCCAUGGUUAA